AUGUCUUACUCCCGCACCCUCACCAUCACAACCGACCCGGUCAAUCUCACCGCCGAAUCUCUCAAACAGCAAGCCUCCCGCAUCCGCGACAUCCUUGAUCCGCUCAUCGCGCGGGAAGGCGCCGACAUCCUGCAUCCGGAUGAAGUCCUAACGUUGCACGAGCUCUUCAUCAGUCUCGGCAGCUAUCCGAUUACAGUUGCGACGCUGAAACAUUCCCGCAUCCACCAUGCGGUCAUGGAAGUGUGCGGCAAGGCGACCCGGUGGCCGAGAAGGCUUGUAGACGAGUGCGAUAAGAUUGUCUACGUGUGGACGAAGGCAUUUGGCCCGCUCAAGAACCUUGGUCCGUACCUGUUUGAGCCGGGUGGAAGGCUCUGGGGUAUAUGCCAGCCAGGUGACUUGACGAGAGAUGCGCUGCUCAAGAGAUGGAAGAGCCAUCCCGAAGGAGCCGUAAAUGACAGCCGGGCUUUGCGGUCUGGCAAUCUGGGGUUCGAGCCAGGACGAUGGUGGCUGAACGGCUUGUUCGCCUUCCACGACGGUAUCGUUGAUAUAAAGAGCGCCGACAGCGGCAUUUGCGCGGACAAGAAUGGAGCGUAUGCGAUAGUCCUGAAGGGAUCCGACGAGAUUGACGGUAUUUUGCCCUACACUUUCACCUACAGGUGCAAGUCCGACGAUCCAGGUAGAUUUCGACUCACUUCUGCCCAUUCGAAUUCGCGAAGCCCGGUGCGCGUGUUGAGGUCGCACACACUGUCGUCCUUGUGGGCUCCCAGGACCGGCAUCCGAUACGAUGGACAAUACAAGGUUGUAGGAUGGACGAUCAGACCCCCCAAGCCUACUGAAGACGUUAGCUCAUCCGUCAUUUGGGAGGUGACUCUUGAAAGAGAGCCCGGCCAGGCAUCAAUGGAAGACGUCUUGCGACGUCCCUUGGCGGACGAAGUUGAUGACUACAUGGAGUACAAGCGGAUAAGAGGCCUGAAUCGGGACGAGCUGAAAUUGUUUGUGCAGUCUCAGGUCCCACAAAAUUCUCUGGCGGCGAAACCAACCCCAAGGCGCACACCUUCAAAGUUGGUACCAUCAGGUCGUGCGCCCACGUUCAUUAUGCCAGGGUGGGAUCCGAAGCCUGUGUUGCUGAGCCCGACCACGGAGUUUCCGCGAGUAUUUACGAGACGUGUAACGGCAAGAGAGGACAGUCCGAUUACCAGCCCUGGAUCCGGGGCUUUGGCGCACUCGGCUUCACUGAUCAGAUCCACCCUUCAGGAGUCGAAGGAGACGACGCCAGAUGAUGAGGCACCGCCCUACUCCAAGAGAUCGGAGCGCGUCUUCAGUCCUUAUCUUCCGGCGGAGCCUGUUGAUGGGUCCUUUGACGGCCAAGUCGAGACUCUUUCGUGGUCAGUCGACUCUAGUGUGUUGCAGGAGUCUUUCGCCCGAAUAAGCAAGAUUGUGGAAGAGCAGCGUCGAGUCGCUGAGCACAAGGAAUCAAAUCCGCAGACUUUUCAUUGGGACAAGAGGCGGCAUAAGGCUUUGGCUCAGCGUUUCAAGAUCGAGAGCUACGCGAAGGAAGCCGUCGCGGUCCAAGUACGAGGCGACGGUGUCGGUUUGUCAGACGCUCCUGGUACUAUCGAAGCGUAUCUGGAACUUGUGAGGAAGAGGGCUCAGAAGAAAUUUGGAGGGAGUCUUGGAAAUCACGCGCAAGGCCGACAAGGACGUCCAACCUCGGCAGGAGUCCUCAAAAGGCUCAGAGGAUUACUGUGA